AUGGAGUUAGAGCAAAGAAACGAAGAGUUACGUUCACAAUUCAAAUAUUUAGAAGAAAGGGAUAGAGAACGAGAAGAAACCAAAUACAAGCAAGAAAUGAAUAAUUUGGAAGAAAAGGAGAAUCAGAAAUCUUGA